ACGGUUCUCAUAUAUGUCAAAGGGACACCGGUUGUUAAUACUUUGUAUGUUACGAAAUUUAAUUUCGAAAUCUAUAAGAAAACUAGACUAAUUUUUUAUAGGAGUUUCACAUAAAACAUAAAAAAUUGGGGCAUACGAGUGAAGAUUGACGUAUUACAUGAUCAUGUAAUUGUAGAAGAUCAAAUAUAUUUCUAUUUCCCUAGAAGUGUAGAAAAAAUGCAUCGGCCACAAUAUCACAAAGUAUACUAACAAAAGGAGGUUGGAUGGUAUUUACAAUCCUCAGUUUUAUUUUAUUUUACUUUUUGUAGGAGGAAAAAGAAAAUAUUGAGGCACUACGUCUAGAUGAAAGGGGCUCCAGAGAGUUCAUUGACCGAGAGAGCUUCAAAAAAAUGCCUAACUUGAAGUUCCUUCAUGCAAAGGAUGUGGAUUUUGAUGGAUAUUUAGAAGGAUCACUUGCUGAAUUAAGAUGGCUAAAGUGGGAGAAAUGUUGUGACUCUUUUGAGGCGAUCGACUUUCAUUUGGAGAAAUUAGUCGUACUUGAUUUAUCAUGUAAAUAUAACAGUGGAAACCAUAUUAGUGAAAAUUGGAGAGGAUGGAGUUCAAUUAAGAUGGAGAGGUUGAAAGUUCUCAAUCUUUCGCGGUGCUUAGGAUUAAAGAGCACCCCUAAUCUCUCUAUGUUUAAAAAUCUAGAGAUGCUAAUCCUGAAAAAUUGUGCUUGUUUGGAGGAAAUCGACCCUUCCAUUGGAGAUGUCAAGCGCCUCGUUUUCUUGAACUUGAGCCGUUGUAAGGGUCUCAAGAAGUUACCCGAACAAUUGGGCGAACUAGAAAAUUUGGAAGAACUUGUCGUAGACGAGACUCAAAUAAAAGAAAUCCCUCCAUGUAUAGGAUCUCUGAAGAAGUUGAAGACACUUAGUGCCAAGCAUUGUUUGCAACCGAUUGAAGUUCCCAGCUCAAUAGUGGAAUACUGCAAGUUGCAACCAAUCCCUUCUUCAAUUGGGAAGUUAAGAGAGUUGGUUGAGCUGGACUUGUCAUAUACAGGGAUUAAGGAAUUACCUGAAUCCAUUGAGGAAUUUAACAAAUUGAAAAUUCUGAGGAUUUGUGGUAGCGGGAUGGAAAGGUUACCGAGCUCUAUUGGAAGAUUGCAAAGCCUCCAAGAGAUCAAUGCUGACGGAUGCUUUGACUUGGAAGGACAAAUUCAUUUUGAUAAAGGUGGAUUGUCUUCUCUAAAGACCCUUCGUUUAGCUUUCGCAAAAAUUUCUGGCUUGCCAGAAAACUUAGAUCAGCUUCAUUCUCUCGAACACCUCGAUUUACUUUGCUUGGAGAGCUUGAGUCACUCCCGAAACCUCCUUUUAACUUAUCAUCCCCGAAGCUCACCUGUCAGAGCAAUGAGCUGCCAUCGCUCUCUCACCUGAAGCAUCUAAAGGAGCUCACCCUUUGGUAUUGCAAGUCUCUUCAAAGCAUCCCAGAGCUUCCCUCCUGCAUACGGACGCUUCACGUUGAGGAAUGUCCCAAAUUGGAAAUGUUGCCAAAUCUUUUCGAUUUGAAAUUCUUGUCGGAAUUAGGGCUGGUGGAUUGCCUUGGGCUGAAGAAAUUGGAUGGUCUGGAAACUUUAAAAUCCCUAAGAGAGUUGAACCUAUCUAGAAACCAACUCGACGACUUGGAUGGACUGGUGGAUCAUCUCCAUGCGAUAGAAGGCGUUGAAAAAUUGGGAUCCCUGGAAGAGUUGAACAUCUCUGAGCGCAAGCACAUUCAAGUACUGGACCUUUCAAAGUCGGAGCAUAUGAAGCGGUUGAUUGUUCGCAAUUGCAAAAGCUUAGUUGAAAUUCGCUGCCCUAGUAAAUUCCUGGAGCACUUUGAUAGGCAUGGGUGUGAGUCACUUAAGAAAUUUCCGGACUUUUUACCACUCGAUAGGGCACGAUUUUUGAGGUAAGAAAUAGCAAGAAGCUGAGGUUUGCGGGCUAUGGUCAAAUCUUCAUCAGGAAGCCAAUGAGGUUGCCAAGGACAUGGUGCGAUUCUGGGCACUGGGUAAGAAGAGGAGGGUGGAAAUCGAGCACAGAGGAAGGGGAAGAGAUUGAGGGGUCCAGCAUCAUUUGGUGGUCCAUUUCUGUCAUACUAUUGGUGGAUGACGAUGGGAAGACUGAUUCGAAAGUGAGAUUCAUGCUCACAUGCUCUGCUAGCUGAUUACGCAGUCACCGAUGGCUUUGAUCCUUUGUGCUCCAGCUUGAAAUGAAGCAAAUGGAGGAGUUUGACGAUGGGGGUGAUUAUGGAAGAGAGAGAAUGUUGGAGGCGAGGAAUCUGGCGAAGGUAGUGGUUCCUUCCCCUCUCAUUCACCAUCCCUCUCCUGGAAGAUCUCUAGUCUAGUGUGAACUAACUUAAGGUUGAACGGGAAGAUUACCUUGAUUGAUGAGGUUCUACUUUCAUAGCCAUUUCUUUCCUGUUCUUGGAUCUUGAAGCACCUUGAGGGGUGAUGAGAAGUGGAAAGAUGAACAAUCUCCUGUGAACCAUUUGAUUGUACCCAUGAUCCAAAGUAGCAUUUUCUCCAUAGGUAUGUGGAAAUUCCUUCGCAUAAGAUUCUCCGAGGAUGUCCUCACUCAUCCUAGUUAGCUAUAACGUAGUGAAAUGGUGUUGAAGGCCACUAAUGUCACACGGAAAAUGAUGCUAGUGUCUGAAUUGUUGUGAUGGUGAUAUGGCUUGUUCAUUUUGUCCUUACAUUUUCUUUGCUAGCUUUCUAGUUGAAUGGAAUUGUUCCUUAUCUCCUUCAGACCGUGGGAAAAUGCAAAAGCUUGAGCUACGAUAAUAGAAGUCCAUUGGUUUAUUCUUUCACCA